UGGACUCGAAGAAAAUCGAUCAAGAUGCAAAAAUCCCACCCGAAACCUUACAAGGACUGAAGGACCUGGGUCUCUUUGGCAUGCAGAUUCCAGAGGAAUAUGGUGGGCUGGGCCUGUCAAACACCAUGUAUGCACGUCUGGGAGAAAUCAGCUCCCUGGAUGGCUCCAUUGCAGUGACCCUGGCAGCUCACCAGGCCAUUGGGCUGAAGGGGAUCCUCAUUGCUGGCACCGAGGAGCAGAAGGCCAAGUACCUGCCCCGCCUGGCCUCGGGGGAGCACAUUGCUGCCUUCUGCCUCACCGAGCCCGGCAGUGGGAGUGAUGCUGCAUCCAUCCAGACAAGGGCAACCCUGAGUGAAGAUGGGAAACACUUCCUGUUAAAUGGCUCCAAGGUCUGGAUCUCCAAUGGUGGCCUGGCCAGUAUUUUCACAGUGUUUGCCAGGACAGAGAUUGUGGACAAGGACGGGCAGGUGAAGGAUAAAAUCACUGCUUUCAUCGUGGAGCGGGACUUCGGGGGCGUCACCCAUGGGAAACCCGAGGAUAAACUGGGCAUUCGAGGCUCCAACACCUGUGAAGUACAUUUUGAAAACACCAAAGUGCCUAUAGAGAAUGUAAUUGGAGAAGUUGGAGGGGGAUUUAAGGUUGCCAUGAAUAUCCUCAACAGUGGAAGAUUUAGCAUGGGCAGUGCAUCUGCUGGAAUGAUUAAGAAGUUGAUAGAACUGACAUCAGAGUAUGCUUGCACCAGGAAACAAUUCAAUAAGAAACUCAGCCAGUUUGGAUUAAUUCAGGAGAAGUUUUGUUUGAUGGCUGUGAAAGCCUACGUGGUGGAGAGCAUGGCUUACCUGACUGCAGGGAUGAUGGACAGGCCAGGCUUCCCUGACUGCUCCGUCGAGGCUGCCAUGGUCAAGGUGUUCAGCUCUGAAGGUGCCUGGGCAUGUGUGAGUGAGGCUCUGCAGAUUCUUGGAGGCCUUGGCUACAUGAAGGAUUAUCCUUAUGAACGCUACCUCAGAGACACCAGGAUCCUGCUCAUCUUUGAGGGCACCAAUGAAAUCCUGAGAAUGUACAUUGCACUGACAGGGAUGCAGCAUGCAGGGAAGAUCUUAACUGACAAAAUUAAAGCAAUCAAGAAAGGAAACGUGGGAGUGGCGCUGGGGGAGUUCCUGACCAGGUUACAGGACACCCUGGGCAGGAAGGUGGAUCUGGGGCUUGUAGGUGACAGUGGGGUGGUGCAUCCCAGCCUCCAGGAGAAUGCCAAGAAACUUGAAGAAAACAUUUAUUAUUUUGGAACUACAGUCAGGGGCCUGCUAAGUAGGUUUGGCAAGACAAUAGUGGAUGAGCAGCUGGUGCUGAAGAGAGUGGCAGAUGUGGUGAUUAAUUUGUAUGCAAUGACUGCAGCCAUCUCCCGGGCCAGCCGCUCCAUCAGCAUCGGGCUCAGGAACCAUGACCACGAGGUGCUUCUUACAAAUAUCUUCUGCACAGAAGCCUAUUUCAAGAAUAAUUAUGCCAUGGCUCAAUUAGAAAAAUAUGCUGAUGAAAAUCUGGAUGAUUCCAUUAAAAAAGCUGCAAAGCAGAUCCUGGAGAAGAGGGCAUACAUCUGCUCUCACCCUCUGGACAGGACCUUCUGAUUCCUCCCUGAGAGCAGGCACUCAUGAAUGUCAGUCAGGGAGGAAUUUGCUGCAGUUCCAGUAUUUGGCAUCUUAAAAGCAUCUGUUAUUUAAUGUCUUUACUAAAUGUAACUGUGUAAAAUAAAACUUCUUUCUAACCAAAAUUUCAUAGGAAAAGGAUAAAUACAGAGAUUUCAUUUAAA